UCCGGGGACGGGCCGGGGCGGGGCGCGGCAGCAGGAAACGGGGCGGGGACUCGCGGAGGCGUUGGGGAGCGAGGGAGGGCGCGGCCAACUCCCGGAGGGACGGCAGGCCGAGACAGCGGCGCCCGGCUCUGGCGCCGAGCCUGAGCCCGCCGGACGGGAGGCGGCCCAGCCGCGGGCUCGGCCUCGGCCCCAGUCCCGCCAGCAUGGCCGGCCGGACCGUGCGGGCCGAGACCCGGAGCCGGGCCAAGGAUGACAUCAAGAAGGUGAUGGCGACCAUCGAGAAGGUCCGGAGAUGGGAGAAGCGCUGGGUGACUGUGGGCGACACUUCCCUUCGUAUCUUCAAGUGGGUGCCAGUGGUGGACCCCCAGGAGGAGGAGCGACGGAGGGCAGGUGGCGGGGCAGAGAGAUCCCGAGGUCGGGAGCGACGGGGCAGGGGCGCCAGUCCCCGAGGGGGUGGCCCUCUCAUCCUGCUGGAUCUCAAUGAUGAGAACAGUAACCAGAGUUUCCAUUCGGAAGGCUCUCUGCAAAAGGGCACCGAGCCCAGCCCUGGGGGCACCCCCCAGCCCAGCCGCCCUGUGUCACCUGCUGGACCACCAGAAGGGGUCCCAGAGGAUGCUCAGCCCCCACGGCUGGGCCAAGAGAGAGAUCCUGGGGGCAUAACCGUGGGCACCACUGAUGAACCCCCAAUGCUGACCAAGGAGGAGCCUGUUCCAGAAUUGCUGGAGGCUGAGGAUUCGGGAAUGAGAAUGACCAGAAGAGCCCUCCACGAGAAAGGUCUGAAGACAGAGCCCCUCAGGAGGCUCCUUCCCAGAAGGGGCCUCCGGACAAACGCCCGGCCCGGUUCCGCGGUGCUGCCGGACACCAGAGCUCCCGGGGGAGGAAGCAAGGCCCCGAGGGCACCCAGGACGAUCCCCCAGGGGAAGGGGAGGUGA